AUGUCUACAGCCAAAGCAUGGAUCUACACCACGCCGGGCUACCCGCAGACGCUCAGGCUCGACGAGACGCAGGUACCAGCCGAGCCGAGUCCGCACCAUGUCCUCAUCCACAUCAAGGCAAACGCGCUGAACCCCGUCGACAUCCAGCUGAUGAACUUGUUCAUCAAUGCCGUGCCGGGCUUCCGGGGCCCCAAAAUAGCCGGCCGGGACUUCUCGGGCGUCGUGCUCGCGGCGGCGCCCGGCACCGCGUUCAAUAAGGGCGACGAGGUCAUGGGCGUGACGCUGGGCAUCGACGGCUCUGGCGCCCUCGUCGAGGUGGCGCACCUCGACACCCGGAGCAGCUGCAUCGUCAAGAAGCCCUCGCACAUGACCUGGAACCAGGCCGCGAGCCUGCCACUGGUUUGGUUGACGGCGUACACCGCCAUCGAGAAGUGCGCCCCCUUCAUGAAGAAGUCGCCGGCGGGCGAGAACAAAAUCGCCAUCCUGGGCGGCAGCUCCAGCACGGGUAUCUACUCCAUCUGGCUGGCAAGGCAGCGCGGCUGGAAGGUCUUCACGUCCUGCUCGGGCCGGAACCGCGAUUUCGUGAAGCAGAAGGGCGCGGAGGAUGUCAUGGAUUAUACCACGUCGCCUGAUGCCGUUACAUCUACCGUGGCAGGCUUCAAGCCGGACGCCAUCAUCGACUGUGUUGGGGGCACCGAGUGCAUCGGCCUGGCGCCGCAGUACGUGACCAUCGUCGGCGACAAGACCAGCCGCGCGAGCAUAGGAGGCAGUAUUUUGUACUAUUCCUACCCGCGCAUGUACAUGCGCUGGCUUCUGGGCUACGUGGGGUGGGGGAACUCGUACGAGUGCAUCAUAUUGCAGACGGAGAAGACCUGGCUGGAGAAGGCGGGGGAGUUGGGAGACAGGGACAUCGUGAUCGACAGCGUGUUUGAAUUUGGGGAGGUUAAGGAUGCGUUCGAGAGGCUGGAUACUGGUAGGGCGCGAGGGAAGGUGGUGGUCAGCAUGGUAUGGAUGACGGGUUGA